AUGGGGCCCGUUAAUCCACCUGCGAAAUAUAAAGGGGGCUACUUCCCGUAUGCGUGCAAGAUCACCGACGACUACACGAAAAUGAAAGAAGUGUACCUGCUUCGCAAGAAAUCUGACACGACUGACAUGUGCGUCGCAGCGGCAGGAGGCUACCGGAUCGAGACCAUCCACUGCGACAAGGAAGGUGAGAAUACUGGAUCCGAAUUUGGAGACUACUACAAAAAUUCAGAUAUCAAGCUCGAAUACGCCGCCACCAACACCCCUCAACAAAUUGGUGCAUCGGAACGGGACGGACAAACCCUGUACGGAGUCACCCGGUGUCUUCUGAAGCAUGGAGAUUUUCCGCCGUCCAUGUGGGGGGAGUUAAUGCUGACUGCAGCAUACCUGUUGAACAGGUCCGCACACUUAGCACUGGGGGGAGCUACGCCAUACUCGAAGUUGCACAAUAAGUCACCUGAUCUCUCGGGAUUUCGGGUCAUUGGAGCGCGCGCCUUCGUACACCACGAGCGAUACCGAAAGAAGCUGGACGACAGAGCUUUCGAAGGCAAGCUGUGUGGUUUCGGCGUCGACAGCCAGACCUACCGGGUAUUCAAUCAAUCCAACGGGGCCGUGGUCGAGAGCCGGAAUAUGACUUUCAUCGAAUCUCCACCCCGGUCAGUGCCAUUCCAGCAUUCCACUGAAGCAAACGGGUACGAGGGCGACGUGCUGAGCUUCAUCUCCCUGCUGGACAGCCCCCACUCGACGAGCGACGUGGACUUUACGGCGCAGAACGAACUCCUUCGGCAAGAAGUCAGGAAGAUGCAGCAAGACAAUCUCGCUCGGGAGGAGCUUCGCCUAGAACUGGACGGGAACGAAGGCGAACAUGGAAACGGGCAAGAUCUCGGCGACGGGGACGCCCCAUCACCGCAUCCCUCAUCGAUGCCAGCUGUACCGUCAUCCGCAACCCACGCAUCUAGCCCCAGCUUAUCAUCGUCGAAUCCGUGUGUACCGGAUACAUCAACUGGAUCCUUCGGCAUGCGGCACCUGCAAGUCACUAGAGCUAGCACGCGCGGGAAGCCCACCAGCGACGAUCAGGUCGGCGUCACCUUGGUUCCUGCCGAUCUGCAAGUCACCAUGAACGACCUCGGUCGAGCCCAUGCUGCAACGGGCCGCGUGGAGCCAUCCGGUUUUCCGUUCACUCAGCUGGCUGAGAUAGCCGAUCAAGCCCAGCUCCCAUGCCCUGGCGAUACUGAGGAUUUCGUCCAAGUGGCGGAAGACGCCUUAACGGCGCCGCGUGCCCACGCCUACCUCACGACCACUCACGACCACCACGGGAUCUUGGAGGAGACGAAUUAAGCGAUCGACAUCCCCAACACCUACGACGAAGCCAUGAGCUCUCCCCAGCGCGAAGAAUGGAAAGGAGCGUGCAGCAAGAAAAUGGACAAUCUGCGGAAACACAACGUCUACAAUCUGGUGCCUCUCAGUAGCGUUCCCAAGGGAGAGAAGAACCUCGCAACGAAAUUCGUCUUCCAAGAAAAAGCUAGACCGACGUUUCAAAGCUCGCCUGGUAGUAGGAGGACAUCGUCAAGAGCCAGGACAGGAUUACGGAUGCAGCUACGCCCCAGUAUGCCGUAUCGGGAGCAUUCGCACGACGUGCGCCAUUGGCUGCCACAACAACUGGCCCAUCUACCAACUGGACGUUGUCGGUGCCUUCCUAAACGCCCUCUGCGACAGAGAUGUGUACGUCAGACCCGCCCCCGGUACAUCCACCAAGAACUCCGCGACAGGAGAACUCACGGUGUACAAACUAGAACGGAGCCUCUACGGCCUAUCGCAGUCGCCGGCGCUCCGGAACGACACAUUGGACGAGUCUCUCACGGUGUUUGAAUCGAAAAGGACUUAUCCGACCUGCGUGUGCGUGUAUACCAGCGGCAACGUCAUCGUGAUUCUCACGGUCUACGUAGACGACAUUCUCAUCACGAGAGGAGACCAGCAGCUCGUGGACCAGAAGAAGAACGAGCUCACGGAUCGAUUCGAGAAGACCGACAUGGGCGGAUCCUCGGGAUCGACGUAGAGCGGGACUACGAGCAAGGAACCCUGGGCAUUUCACAGGAGCACUACGUGAACACACUUCUGGAACGGUUCGGAAUGCAAGAGGCCAACCCGGUGAGCACUCCUGGAUACAGAGCGGAAAUAUCCGCGAAUCGACCUCAGGACCAAAUCCUAGGACCCACGGACAAGAAAAUCUACCACUCGAUGACGGGAAGCAUCCUCUACCUGGCCCAGUGCACGCGAUUCGACCUCUCUUACGCGACCCUACAACUGUCUAAGGCCUGCAACAACCCAGCGCAAGUGAACAUGACAGCAGCCAAGCACGUUCUGCGAUACCUUCGGGGUAAUCCAGUUCUUCCUAUCGUCUACAGGAGAGGGCAGUUUCGGCUAGCGGCGUUUGCGGAUUCAUCCUUCGGAGCAAACCCCGACAACGGACGAUCUACCACUAUAUAUCUCUUCUUCCUGGCUGGAGGACUCAUCAGCUACGAUGCGAAGACUCAAACUCUAACCGCGCAAAGCACGGUAGAAGCCGAGAUUUAAGCACUUAGCUACUCAGCCAGAGAGGCGGUCUAUAUCUCAAAACUUAAUGAUGGAACUCAACUUCAAGACCUUCGGAUCGGUUCCCCAACAGCGACAUCACUGG